CGUUUGAUAUUUAUUGAAGAAUCUGAUUGGUACGUAUGCAAGGAGAGGAAGAAAAAUGGUUUCUUGGCAUUCAACUCCUCUAGAAAUCACAUACCAUGUACUGGGAUGGCUCGGGUUCACUUCAUGGGCAAUCGGUUUCUUGCCUCAAAUCAUCUUGAAUUUUCGCCGGAAAAGCGUCGUCGGACUGAACUUCGACUUCGUGGUUCUAAAUUUCACCAAGCACUCCUCGUAUUUGAUAUACAACGCUGUUCUCUACUUCAGCCCCGCCGUUCAGAGGCAGUACUUUGAGAGAUAUGGUUACCAGGAGAUCAUUCCUGUAGCAGCAAACGAUGUUGCGUUUUCAAUACAUGCUGUUCUGAUGGUUUCUAUUACUUUGCUCCAAAUUGCAAUCUAUGAUCGUGGCAAUCAAAAGGUCUCUAAGAUCUCCUGGGUAAUUGUCUCUGCUGUGUGGUUAGCUGCGGCAAUUUGCUUUCUUGUAGCUUCGCCUAAUCAUUCUUGGCUUUGGCUAAUCUCUGUCUUCAACUCAAUACAAGUUUGCAUGGCAGUGAUCAAAUUUACUCCUCAGGCACUGCUUAACUUUUCACGGAAGAGCACUAAAGGAUUCAGCAUUGGAAACGUUUUGUUUGAUUUUACUGGAAGCUUGGCAAAUUAUGCACAGAUGGUUGUGCAGUCUAUAGAUCAAAAUUCUUGGGUGAACUUCCAUGGAAACAUGGGAAAGUUUCUGCUAUCUCUGGUAUCUCUAUCAUUCGACAUUCUUUUCAUGCUUCAACAUUUUGUUUUAUACCCUGCAAAGAAAACAACGUUGUCUCCUAAACUCGGUGGAGAGGGUAAAGAACCACUUAUCAAGUCUUCCGAUAAACCUGAGUCUGUGAACGUCUAACGCUUGUGCAGACCUGGAAUGAAUUGUAUUUUGAUGAACUACAGUGGUAUGUAUAAGAAGCAUUCCGUUUGAUCUCUUUCCUCUUGAUGUAAUUAGUUUGUCAAAUCCCACUCUGUAUAGAAAAACAAACCUAUUUAAGUGAU